UGUCAAUCAAAAUUAUAACAAAAAAAGUCUCUAAAUUCCCCCGUACGCGUACCGUCGCAAGUCGCCGCCCGCAGCAGAGCCCUGGAUGGAGAGCGCUCACCGCGACGACGACCUCUCGCCGGAGGCGGCGAGGAUGCUCCGCGAGAUGGCGCUGCGGGGUCGCGAGGAGGGAGGGGAGCCCGAUCUGCCCGACGAGCAGCUGCGCUCCAACGACCAGCUCCAGCAAGACGAGAUGUUAGCGCUGGAGGCAAUUUAUGGGGACAAGAUACGCAUCUUUGGUGAAAAGGCUAUACCGCGGUCUUUCCAGAUCCUGGUGUACUGUGAAAUUCCAGAUGGUAUCAAUGUAUAUGUAGAGCCAUUCCAGGGUGAUGAUGAUGAUGACACAAAGAGCCAGUUCCCGGAAAACUUUAGUAUCGAGCACUUGGCUCCACUAUCACUGACAUGCCUCAUGCCUCCAUCGUACCCAAGCCAUCAUCCUCCAUACUUUACUCUUGGUGUACAAUGGUUGGAUAAUGUGCAGGUUUCCUCCCUUUGUCACAUGCUCGACUUGAUCUCGGCGCAACAACCUGAACAGGAAGUUGUUUAUGAGUGGGUGCAUUGGCUGCAGAGCUCUGUGCUUUCUCAUCUUGGUUUUGACAACGGAAUAGUCAUACGACAGCCUCAUAGUGCGGUCAGUCAAGUGGAUUUUCGGGUUGUGGGAGAGAUUUUGUCUGCAGAGUCUGUCGUUCAACAGUUGAUCAGCUACAAUGAGGACCAAUGCCAUGAAUCCUUUCUCCACGGGCUUCAUACCUGCAUGAUUUGCUUCAGCGAGUACACAGGCGUUGAUUUUGUAAAGCUUCCAUGCCAGCAUUACUUUUGCCAGAGGUGCAUGGAGACUUACUCAAGGAUUCAUGUCAAGGAAGGAACAGUACUCAGAUUGGUGUGCCCUGAUAACAAGUGUGGAGGGAUUAUUCCUCCUAAUCUACUGAAGAAGUUGUUAGGAGAUGCAGAUUUUGAACGGUGGGAAAGGUUGGUACUUCAGAAGGCUCUAGAUUCAAUGUCUGAUGUAGCUUACUGUCCAAGAUGUGGAAUAGCUUGCCUGGGAGACAAGGACAAUGCCCUGUGCUCCAAUUGCCUCCUCAACUUCUGCACACACUGCAGAAAUCUUUCUCACACAGGGAGGACCUGCAUUGUUCUUACUCCAGAAGAAAAACUUCUCACCUUACAGGAACGUGCAAAAGUGCGCCGCUUGAGCAAAGGCGAAGUUGGCAUGAUAAUUAGCUUGGCAAAUGAAAUAUUUAGCAUCAAGGAAGUGCUCCGUUCUUCCGUUCCAUGUCCCCAUUGUGGUAUCGCCAUUACACGUGUGUCUGGCUGUAACCACAUGCUUUGCAGGAAAUGUGGUAAACAGUUUGACUAUGACCUUGCUGGAAGACAUAAUGUCAGGGCUGUUGAUUUCAUCAAAGAUGUCGAGGUUCAGAAAGAAGCAAGAGCGAGACUGUCCGCCAGCUUCAAACAACAUCCGUGCCCGAAAUGCCACCAGCCACACCACAAGGUAAAGUUGUUCUGGCUUUUCAGAUAUCAGUCUUUUUCAUCAUUUUUUCACCUGGCGUUGGGAAAUGACUUCACCGACUCGCUUGUUUUGUGUGAAAUAAACACUGACUCUGGUAUGAGCCGAUGGGGAACAACAACCACAUCCUGUGCUUGGCAUGCCAAGUUCAUUACUGUGCUCUGUGUCGGAAGGUGGUGCGGAAGAGCUCAGAGCACUAUGGCCCCAGAGGGUGCAAACAGCACACUGUCGACCCCGUGUUCGCUCAGACUAGAACAAAGAACAAUGAUGACUCUGGAUCAGAACUUGUGUGAAACGAUACAAAGGGAGAGCAUUGGUUUGGGCUACAUUACUCUGUUCUUACAUGUUUAUUUUCGUGAUGUUACAUGCAUAUAUACAGUCUGGAAUAGCAAUAGUUACACCUAGAACGUAUUUUUAUGGAACAUGUUACUGAAGAUCAGCGAACCUCUGAAUUCACGACAUUGGUGCUUGUAGGUUGGGGAGCAUCAGUUGUAUUGUUGCAAAGCUUGCUAGAUUCAGUACAGCAUAAUGUUUGGGAGCAUCAGUUGUAUUGUUGCAAAGCCUGCUAGAUUCAGUUGAGCAUAAUGUUUAGCACUUGCGGUUGGAAACGUUGGACUGUUGAUACGGUA